UUGACAAAGUCAAAAGUCCACUCAAUGAGAAACCAAGCCAAAAUAAACUCUGCCCCCCUUUCAAUUUCUCAAUAAUACAAAACAACAUAGGCAACUUUCUCUUCCCACCCCACAUCUAUAAAUACCAACCAACCCAACUUCACCAUAAAACCACACUAAAUAGGCUCAUAAGUCAUAAACCCCUUUCCAAUCCCAGAAANUAAAAAAAAAAUAAAAAAAAAAAUGGCCAUUCAGUCACUCUUAGCCCUCACACUCACAGCACUACUAACACUAUUUGCACCAGCAGCUCUGGCCCAAAACUGCGGCUGCCAAGAGGGCUUUUGCUGCAGCCGCUGGGGUUACUGUGGUCAGGACAACGACUAUUGCGGGCCGGGCUGCCAGUCGGGCCCGUGCAACGUGAGGCCUUCUAAUGGCGUGUCAGUGUCUGAAAUCGUGACUGAUGCCUUCUUUGAUGGGAUUGCGGGUCAAGCGGACGGUAGCUGUGCUGGCAACGGGUUCUACACACGGGCCGCAUUUCUCGAGGCCGUCGGAUCGUAUAAUCAGUUUGGGACUGUUGGAUCGUCUAACGACACCAGGCGUGAGAUCGCGGCCUUCUUCGCGCACGUCACGCAUGAGACCGGCCAUUUCUGCUACAUCGAGGAGAUCAACGGCGCAUCUAGAGACUAUUGCGACGAGACUAACACACAGUAUCCAUGCGCUCCUAACCGGGCCUACUUUGGUCGUGGGCCCAUUCAGCUGUCGUGGAAUUUCAAUUACGGCCCAGCUGGCAACAGCAUUGGCUUCGAUGGCUUGAACAAUCCCGAGAUUGUGGCCACUGACCCAGUUAUAUCCUUCAGGACGGCUUUAUGGUAUUGGAUGAACCAUUGUCACGACCCAAUUAUUUCAGGACAAGGAUUUGGGGCUACGAUUCGGGCCAUUAAUGGGCCGAUUGAGUGUGAUGGGGGAAAUCCUGACACUGUGAGUUCGCGCGUUCGGUACUAUACGCAAUACUGUGAUCAACUUCAAGUUGACCCGGGUAACAAUCUAAGGUGCUAGAGCAAAAAACACGAGACUAUAUAUGUUUGACUAAAUCAAGACUUUUUACACUUAUUGAAAUAAUUUGAUGGAGCAUACAUUUGUUCAUCAUGUUCUUGUCUGAAUACAUCUUAUCCAGCAGCUUUGUACUUUUUGCUUCUUAUAUUACAGUUUUUCAUUGUUUGUUUCAAAAAUAAACAUGUGUAGUAAUGUGCUUAGAUAGUUACAUGCCUUCUUAAUUGUUUGCCAAAAUUAUAAUUAUAUCAUUCGGUCACGGUUAACAAUUAAAAUCCA